UCAGGGAAUACAAUGGACAGAUGCAGGGAAUUACCAGUGCUGGAUUUGCAUCCUUGACAUUUGAUGGAACUGUAGGAGCACGCGUUGUUCCUCGAACCUCUAGCAAAGUGUACACUUUCAUGGAUGAAGAACAGAAAAGAAUUGAAGAAUUACGUAUUUGGGCAGCCAGUAAUCUUUCCAUCUCUGGACCAGCAGCAAAAUUGUCUGAUGUCCAGCCAAUGCUGUUCUUUGAUCUCACUUGCCAGCUCAUAGGAAAAGCAAAAGUGGAUGGAUCAUCUUUUCUUCUAAAGGUAUGGGAUGGCACAAAAUGUCCCUACCCAACAUGGAAGGUGCCUGUGGAAGCAAGAGACCUGGAAGGAGAAAAGGUUCUUCUGCAUCAACUGCGAAAUCUAACGGUGGAUGUUCUAGUCUAUGAUAACCAUGUACAACUGGCAAAAUCACUUAAGAUUGGAAGCUUUCUGAGAAUUUACAGUAUUCAUACAAAACAAGCAAGUGCUGACAGUGAAGGUGUCUCACAUAUAGAAUUUCAUCUUCAUGGUGGCACGUGUUAUGGUCGAGGAAUAGGAGUCUUACCAGAAAGUAACUCAGAUAUUAAGGAACUAAAAGCAUUCUUGGAAUCUGUGGAUCUGGCAGACAGUCAGAGUAUGGAAAGCAUGUCUUCACUGGAAUUAGAUGGCACUUUUCACAGUGUUACAGAUAUUGAAUCACACUUACAGAGAUGUCAGCAAUUAUCUGUUACAGUAUUAACAGAUCAUCAGGAUUUGAGUAACACAGAACUGAAAACCAUUCUGAAUAGCACAGCUCCUCAACAGUAUCGCAUUAGAGCAAAGCUGAGAACUUAUAAACCCCAGAAGCUCUAUCAGUCUAUUAAACUUCAUUGUUCCAAAUGCAACUCUUUGCAAGAAGUUCCAGAUGGAGAUGAAUUUGACUUUAUUUUACGAAGCUCUGUCGUUACUACCCCAAACCCAGAAUUACACAAUACAUCCUGGUAUGAUUCUGUAAUGUGGACUACACAAGACCAGAAACAAAGGAAAAUAACUAUUCAUUUUGUAAAGCAUGAUGAAAUGCUUCAACAGCCUGAAGAUACUUUGCUUAUGAUAGAAGGUGGAACACUGAAAGAAGUCUGGAAACUUACAAAAAGAUUUAAAUGUGUUAUUCCUGUGAGAUCCACAGAAGAUGAUCUUGAAUUAUUAGAUCUUUCAGCUCCUUUUCUUUUACAAGGGAACAUAAAAUAUUAUGGGUGCAAGCAGUGUUCAACUCCAAAGCCUAUCACGAGUCUAAGUUCCAUUGCAGCAGAACAACAACCAUCGUGGGAACCAACUGAAAUAGCACAAGCUUUAGGUAUUGAGCUGCUCCAGUAUGUUUUUAUUAUGAGGUUUACACUGGUUGAUGGAACAGGAGCACUAAAUGCAUACCUUUUUGAUUAUGAAAAGUUUUUCCAAAUUCCUGCCUCUGAAAUCUUAACUAAUAAUUUUCUUCAGCAAAAGAUGCAGAUGACCAUGAACACACUCUGUCCUCCAGGAAGAAAAUUAGAUGACUUGCCAUGGUUGGAAUGCUUCAUCAAGUCCUAUAAUGUCAGAGAUGAGAUGAAACAUCAAGUUUGUUACCAAAUUUUUGACACUACAAUUGCUGAAGAUGUUGUAUAG